CGCCACCCUGCAGGCUCGCCGCUGCUGAGACCUCCCCAAAAUGGCUCCAGGUGCUGGGCCCCACCGGGUCUCUCUCCUUCUGAGAACACAACGCCCCCUUCCUGGAAGGGCUCUUGCGUGCGUGGCUUACUUGCCUUCUCUUCCAACAGGUGGCCUCCGCCCCUGUCCGGGGACCUGUGCCAAUGACCCUGAUAGUAGUUUCGCUUUCUCCUCUCUCCGCAACCUCGUCCACAGCGUGAUGGGCAACCAGGUGGAGAAGCUCACCCACCUAAGUUACAAGGAAGUGCCCACGGCCGACCCGACAGGCGUGGACCGGGACGACGGGCCCCGCAUCGGGGUCUCCUACAUCUUCUCCAACGACGACGAGGACGCAGAGCCUCAGCCUCCGCCCCCGGGGCCCGAGGGCAGCGUGGCGCCCGCUGGAGGAAAAAGACCGCAGCCUGCCGCCCCGCAGCCCUACGACCCGCGGCUGCAGGAGGUGGAAUGCUCCGUGUUCUACCGGGACGAGUGCAUCUACCAGAAGAGCUUCGCGCCCGGCUCAGCGGUGCUGAGCACCUACACGCCGGAGAACCUGCUCAACAGGUGCAGCCCCGGCGACCUGGUGGAGUUUGUGUCGCAGGCGCAGUACCCGCACUGGGCAGUGUACGUGGGCAACUUCCAGGUGGUGCACCUGCACCGGCUGGAGGAAUAAGACUUUAGAACAAUUUUGUACUGUGAAUUACGGAUGCUCUUUGAAGGAAAGAAAUAUCGAUUCCGACGCUCUUCAGAAGCUCUGGCAGGGAUGAGCAGGAUGUCGACUGGAAUAUAUGCGAAAGGAGACAGACAGAUUCUAUUUUCUUACCGAGCAAAUAUUUUAUUGAGACGCGUGUGUGUUUCAGAGGAGCCCACGACUUCAGCUACAUGAUUUUUUGUAUUGAAAGAACUCAUACUUUUUGUAGCUUUUAUUCCUCAUUUAAUUUGAAAUGACUUUGACACUAAAUGCCUCUCAGAAUACUUUAUUCCAGACUUUAAGAAAAGUUUUAGUUUUUCGAAAAAAGUGACACUUCAGUGGUUAACCUUCUCCUACGUUUGGUGCUUUUGACCCUAAUAGCUCCACUGGGCAACACCACAACCACAUGAAAACAUAUUUUUUUGGAAGCAGAACUUUAAUUUUUUAUGACAUAAUCUAUGGAAAGCUAAGAAAAUUUAAGGACUACUUGUUUUGUAUUUUUUUUCUUAAAAAAAUGGAAUCCACUGUGUUGAAGACUCUUGAUAAUUAUGUGCUUAUCUAACCAUUUCUAAAAUAUAUAAAUUAGAAUACAAUCUAGUGUGAUCAUGGUCAUAAAAUAAAUUUGUUUGGAAAGUUAGAUUUCAUUUGUGAUUUUUA